AUGCUCAGUUCACUGUGCGUCUGGUCGCUCCGCGGGCGCCAGUGGGCCGGCGAGCAGCAGCCGCAGCCGGUGCCAGCGCCGCAGCCGCAGUCCUCGCCGCCGCCGCCGCCACCACAGCAGUGCGCGCAGCCCGGCCCCGCCGCGUCCCCGGCGGGUGCCCCGCUUUCCCGCGGGCCCGGGGGCCGGCGCGCCGAGCCAUGCCCCGGGCUGCCGGCGGUGGCCAUGGGGCGGCACGGCGGCGGCGGCGGCGACAGCGGUAAGAUCGUGAUCAACGUGGGCGGCGUGCGCCAUGAGACGUACCGCUCCACGCUGCGCACCCUGCCGGGGACCCGGCUGGCCGGGCUGACCGAGCCCGAGGCGGCCGCGCGCUUCGACUACGACCCGGGCACGGACGAGUUCUUCUUCGACCGCCACCCGGGUGUCUUCGCCUACGUGCUCAACUACUACCGCACGGGCAAGCUGCACUGCCCGGCCGAUGUGUGCGGGCCGCUCUUCGAGGAGGAGCUGGGCUUCUGGGGCAUCGACGAGACGGACGUGGAGGCCUGCUGCUGGAUGACCUACCGCCAGCACCGCGACGCCGAGGAGGCUUUGGAUUCCUUCGAGGCCCCCGAUUCCUCGGGCGCUGCCAACUCCGCCAACGCCGGGGGCGCCCACGAUGCGGGCCUUGACGACGAGGCGGGAGCAGGAGGCGGCGGCCUGGACGGGGCCGGCGGCGAACUCAAGCGUCUGUGCUUCCAGGACGCGGGCGGAGGCGCCGGGGGACCUACCGGGGGCGCGGGCGGCGCGGGCGGCACGUGGUGGCGGCGCUGGCAGCCUCGCGUGUGGGCGCUUUUCGAGGACCCCUACUCGUCGCGAGCCGCCAGGUAUGUGGCCUUCGCCUCCCUAUUCUUCAUCCUCAUCUCCAUCACCACCUUCUGCCUGGAAACACACGAGGGCUUCAUCCACAUCAGCAACAAGACGGUGACGCAAGCCUCCCCAAUCCCUGGGGCUCCCCCAGAGAACAUCACCAAUGUGGAGGUGGAGACAGAACCUUUUCUGACCUAUGUGGAAGGCGUGUGUGUGGUCUGGUUCACCUUUGAGUUUCUCAUGCGUGUCACCUUCUGCCCAGAUAAGGUGGAGUUCCUCAAAAGCAGCCUGAACAUCAUCGACUGUGUGGCCAUCUUACCCUUUUACCUGGAGGUGGGCCUAUCAGGUCUCAGCUCCAAAGCCGCCAAGGAUGUGCUGGGCUUCCUGCGUGUCGUCCGCUUUGUUCGUAUCCUUCGUAUCUUCAAGCUGACACGUCACUUUGUGGGGCUGCGUGUGCUGGGCCACACGCUCCGCGCCAGCACCAACGAGUUCUUGUUACUCAUUAUCUUCCUGGCUCUGGGGGUCCUCAUCUUUGCCACCAUGAUCUACUAUGCUGAGCGCAUCGGUGCCGACCCUGAUGACAUCCUGGGCUCCAACCACACCUACUUCAAGAACAUCCCCAUCGGCUUCUGGUGGGCUGUGGUCACUAUGACCACCCUGGGCUACGGAGACAUGUAUCCCAAGACGUGGUCUGGGAUGCUAGUUGGGGCGCUGUGUGCCCUGGCUGGCGUGCUGACCAUUGCCAUGCCCGUGCCCGUCAUUGUCAACAACUUCGGCAUGUACUAUUCACUGGCUAUGGCCAAGCAGAAAUUGCCAAAGAAGAAAAACAAACAUAUCCCCAGGCCCCCGCAGCCUGGCUCACCCAACUACUGCAAGCCCGACCCCCCACCUCCACCCCCGCCACACCCCCACCACGGCAGUGGUGGCAUCAGCCCCCCACCGCCCAUCACCCCUCCUUCCAUGGGGAUGAAUGUGGCCGGGGCCUACCCACCUGGACCCCACACGCACCCUGGGCUGCUCAGGGGUGGUGCUGGGGGACUGGGCAUCAUGGGAUUGCCUCCUCUGCCAGCCCCUGGUGAGCCCUGCCCACUGGCUCAAGAAGAGGUGAUUGAAACCAACAGGGCAGGCAGUGACUUGGGUGUCCUGGAGGAAGGAGACCCCCGUCCCAAUGGGGACCCCGCGGCAGCUGCACUGGCCCAUGAGGACUGCCCCGCCAUUGACCAGCCAGCCAUGUCUCCGGAAGAUAAGAGCCCCAUCACUCCUGGAAGCCGGGGUCGCUACAGCCGGGACCGAGCCUGCUUCCUUGUCACUGACUAUGCCCCUUCCCCUGAUGGCUCCAUCCGAAAAGCCACUGGUGCUCCCCCACUGUCCCCCCAUGCUGGCGUAAGCCAGCCCCCCCAAGCUUCUUGCCCGACCUCAACGCCAACGCAGCAGCCUGGAUACCCCCCUAGUGGACGAGUCCCCUUCCCCCCAGGCUCUUGUCACCGCCUGAGACCUCGAGAGACCCUCGGGUUCCCCCUGUCCCUUCCCCCCAGGUUACGAGAAGUCCCGCAGCCUGAGCAGCAUUGUGGGCCUGAGUGGGGUGUCCCUGCGUCUCGCGCCCCUCGCCACGCCCCCUGGCUCACCCCGGGCCACGCGCCGAGCUCCCCCGACCCUCCCCUCCAUCCUCUAGUGCUUCCCUAACCCCUGUGGGAGGACUGGGGGUGAUGGGAAGGUCGAAAGGAGUUGGGAGUGGGGGAAAGGGUUCUUUUUUUUUUAAGUUAUUAAUAUGCAAAAGAGAAGGUGAUGCCAGCAGACGCCCCCGGGGCCUCUCACUCCCCACAUACUAGAGCCCCCACGAUAGAGGGGGCGGGGCUGGAGCCUGUCCCCCCCAACCCCUCCCCUCUUUCAAAAAAAAAAAAGAAAAAGCAAACCUCAGGUCUCCAUGAGCCAUAGGACACCCUUCCCAUCGACCCCUGUAAAUAACUAAAAGCUGAUUCCAUCUUGGGGCACCCACUCCAGUUUGCAUGCCUCCCCGACCCCUCUUCAGCAAUAAGCCGCCAGGAGCUGCCUGCAGAGUUGGAGGGGAGGCCGCUGGGAGCUUCUGGGGUAGGAGCUGACAUUUUAGGGGUCUUCCUGAUCACCCUCCAAAAGGGCGACCCACACAUCACUAAUCGAUUCAGGAAAAAAAAAAAAUACAAAAACAAAAAAAAACACAAACCUCUAGGAACAAGUAGGGAAAGGACGGCUGGUUAAUCAGCCGCAGCCUUGAGGCGCUCAGCUGGGGGUGGGGGCUCUGCCAGCUGCUCCCGGGCUUGGAGGACGCCAGCUGGUGCAUUCCACCCACGCCCGCCUCCGGGGAUCUGCUCCCUCUAUUCUGCAUGGACUUGGCCCUCCAGGCCCAGAACCCUCCACCCCACCCCGUCCCCACUGUAUCCCAGGACGUGAGACGAGCACCCUAGACUUACACGGGUUUAGACCCUGGCACCCUGCACUCCCAUGCCCCGUGCACUCCGGCGCCCCACCCUCCCCACUUCCAUCACUCCAUUUAUCCUUCCCUGGCCUGGACUGCGCCGCCAUGUUCUUCCCUCCUUCCCUUGCACUCCGGCUCACUUUCAGUCUUUUGGGGUCCUGACAGUCCUCGUGACCCUGCCAUUGCCUGGACACCCCCAUCUCCUCACGCCUCCCCGCACCCUAGACGGCCCCAACCUCCUGACAUCACAUUCCCCUGUCCCCAGGCGCCUCUGACUCAAGACCUUCCCAGAUGGGGUCGGUCUGAUUCCAGGGAGCUCCCACCAACUCCAGCAUCGCCGUCUAGGCAGCCCCCUCCUCAAGCACUUUAACCCGCGCCCCCUAUGGUGCCAAAACACAUUUCUUCCCGGCCACCAGAGUUUGCCAGAGCGUGGGACUUCGUUCCCUCUUAGUGUGCCCAAGUUUGCAGAGUGCACGGGUGUUUUAGACUUGUGUGCUCGUCGCAGGCUCGCUCUGGGCUGGUGCGUCCCGGCAGCGCAGCAGUGGGGUGUCGCCACUGAAGGCAAAUCAAGGAUGGGAUGGGACCCGAUGCUAAAGCGCUUGCCUAAUCUGCUAGAGUCGCAGGGUUCAAUCUCCGGCAACCCCUCUUACCCACGUGGUGGGGAGAGGACACGCCUUCCUCGGCUAGGAUCUCAGCCUGCCCUUCCCAGCAUUCCUUGCCCACCACGUGCCACGUUCGCGGGUGGAUAACUUUCUCAAAUCCCGUCUUGGCUCCAAGAUGCUACCUCCCCCAAGCCCAGAGACCACACCGGUCCCAGAAUCCUUAGCGAACUCCCCCUUUGGAGCUCGGUGGUCCGCAGAAUUAGCAAUCCCUUGUUCCCACAGCCUCAGGGAAACCUCCCGCUGUCACCGGAGUGUCGGUGGAGGUGUCCUUGGGCCCAAUUCUUGAUGCAACGAUUCCUAUGCAAGGGGCAUUGAGUCCCCCCUCCCCCCGCCGCCUUCCCUCGGGACCUUAAACCCUGGUGAGACAGGGGUUGAGGGGUGGGGUGGGAUCUGGUAGGGGCAAGGCAAAGGGCUAGGGGACUCCAGACACCAGGGUAUGGAGUGAGGACUCCUAAUAUUGCCAAAGGGUUCAACUUAUUUAAACAGCCCCUAUUAUCCCCACCCCGUCCCUCAAAGAGACGAGUGGGGCGGGGAAAGGCGAUAAGAGUCCUUCUGAAGGGUACUAACCACUCCCACUGUCUCCCCCUGCUCUCCACUUCCCCACACAUACCCAGCUUUUUAGUUAAGCUUUUGAAAAAGCUGCCAUCAUUGUAAACCUCUACAAAACGUGAUUUUCGCCCCUUUCCACAUCUCCCAAUUUACCAAACAGUGUGGGAUUCGGGGAGGGAGAGCCAGGUCUGGCCUCCCUUUUCCCCACGGCCGCCAGGGUGCCUGCAACUGCACGCAUGCGCUGCAUGACGCGCCCCCCCACACACACAAGCAUGCGUCGCGCACCCCUCCUGCGCUGGGGAGGGAAGCACGGACUUGGGGCUGGGGGCGGGGCGAUGGGGAGGAACGAUUGGUAGAGGGGAAGGGGGUCUUCCUGAGCUCAACGGCUCCCCUCCUUCCUCACACACUCACAGCAAUAAGUAUAUCUACUCCUAGACAGCGGACGGGCCUGGCCUGGCCUGGCGCGGGAGGGGCUGGCCAAGGGGCGCUCUCAGGGAUGGGGGCGGGUCCUGAGUCUGGGGGAGGGGAGGUCUGCAACUCUGGUGCUAAUGGCGGGUCUUUCUGGCCCACCCGCAGGCAGGGAGGGAGGAGUCGGCAGGCUCCUCCCCCAAGCCUCCCCCACGCCCACCCAGGGUGCAUGAACCACCCACGCAGAAGCUGCCGCAUGUCAACCCUCCCCCCCAAAAGAAACAGUGUCAUGCCCCUCCCCACCCUCCCUCCCACUCCCCUGCCCAAUAAAUGAUUCCUUUUCAUUUAGAA